AUUCAUGAGAAAGGCCUUUGCCGUAGUAGGAAUCGGUGGGAUGGGAUUUGGGACACUGGGAACAUGGCGGCUGCCUUGGAAAAUGAAUUGGAAGUAGAUAACGAAGAUUAUUACUCGCUGCUCAAUGUCAGGAAGGAGGCUACUCAAGAAGAGUUGAAGUCGUCGUACAGGCGUCUUUGUAUGCUUUACCACCCUGACAAGCACAGAGACCCUGAGCUAAAGAGGCAGGCUGAACAACUCUUCACUUAUGUACACCAGGCAUAUGAGGUUCUCAGUGACCCACAAUCCCGAGCCAUUUAUGACAUAUUUGGGAAGAAAGGCCUGGAGGUGGAAGGUUGGGAGGUGGUGGAGAGGAAGAGAACCCCUGCAGAGAUCAGGGAGGAAUAUGAACGUUUGCAGAGGGAGAGAGAUGAGAGGAGACUCCAGCAGAGAACAAACCCUAAGGGGACAAUAAGUGUUGGCAUAGAUGCAACAGACCUCUUCGACCGAUAUGAGGAGGACUUUGAGGAUGUACCAGGAGGAGGUUUUCCCCACAUUGAGAUCAACAGAAUGCAUAUUUCCCAAUCCAUUGAGGCGCCCCUAACCACUUCAGAUACAGCUGUUCUCUCUGGAUCUCUGUCUACACAUAAUGGAAAUGGGGGAGGAAAUAUUAACCUUUGUGUGAGGCGUGUAACCUCAGCAAGAGGCUGGGGAGAGCUGGAGUUUGGUGCGGGGGACAUUAGAGGACCUUUAUUUGGGAUGAAAGUGUUCCGUAAUGUAACUGCACGCUGCUUUGUGACCGCCCAAUGGGGACUGCAGUUCUCCUCACGUGGCGUGCGGCCCAGUGCCACUACAAUGAUGGCCCGUCACCUGGACCAGAACACAAUGGGCUACCUGCAGUGGCGCUGGGGAAGCCAGUCUGCCAUGACCACCAGCAUCGUCAGGGACACCAAAACAAGCCACUUCACCCUGGCCCUGCAGCUGGGUGUUCCUCAUUCCUACCUGAUGAUGAGCUAUCAGUACAAAUUCCAGGAUGAAGACCAGACUAAGGUCAAAGGCUCCAUCAAGACUGGCUUCUUUGGCACAGUGGUUGAAUAUGGUGCAGAGCGUAAGAUCAGUCGCCACAGUGUUCUGGCUGCAACAGUCAGCAUUGGUGUACCCCAAGGAGUCUCCCUCAAAAUCAGGUUGAACAGAGCUAGUCAAACCUACCUCUUUCCUAUUCACCUGACCGACCAGAUUUUACCCAGCGCUGUGUUUUAUGCCACUGUGGGCCCACUGGCCAUCUACUUAGCUGUCCAGAAGCUUAUUAUUAUGCCUUAUGUACGAUCCCAGAAGGAACAGGAGUUGGAGAAACAGAAGGAGGAUUCUGCUUCAGAAAUUGCUCGCAGGAAGCAAGAGGCUGAAGCUGCUGUUUUGCUGAUGCAAGAGUCCGUGAAGAGAAUUAUCGAUGCUGAGGAAUCUAAAAUGGGUCUCCUCAUUCUAAAUGCCUGGUAUGGUAAAUUCGUGUCUGACAAUAGUCAGAAACGGGAGAGAGCGAAGGUCAUUGAUGUGACCGUCCCGCUUCAGUGCUUAGUGAAAGACUCUAAACUCAUUCUUACCGAAGCAUCAAAGGCUGGCUUGCCAGGGUUUUAUGACCCCUGUGUUGGAGAGGAAAAGAGCCUAAAGCUGCUGUACCAGUUCAGAGGAGCCAUGCACCAAGUCUUGUCUGGAGACACAGAGCCUCUUAGGAUACCUAAACAAUCUCAUAGAAUCGAUUCAGAAACAUAGGGGUCUACCACACACCGAAAGAAAGAGCUCAAUGGACAUCAAACGAACAUAAAGGGACAGUCAGACAUCAAGUGAUCCGAAGGGCUGCUCCUUUCCAUUUCAUGUAGUCACCCGUGUAUCACCUUUGUGUUGUCUGUUUAUCUCAAAUCCCUUACAUAUAUCGUCAAUGGGUCGAUCACGUCCUAACAUCUCCUUAAGAUCAGGAGUUUAAACCGAGACUCCAGAUGAACCACCUGAACCCGCGGCAGCUUUGAUAGCUGUCUGUUAUCAGAUAGUGAGGAAAGGUCAGAUCAUAUCACUCUGUCCAUUAAUCUUAAUCAGUGUUAAUACUACAACUGAAAAGUAUGGCAAUAAAAGCUCCUCUAACAAAGCUGUGCUUUAAAAGUACGGUGCAGACUGUAAUGAAGUGUUGGAUAACUGGUGGUUUCAUAGGACGGAUGUUGAUAUUGAUACAGGUGUUUUUGCAUGUUUGUACACUGGGCUUAGGAGCAGGAAAUCUCAUGCUCACACUGCCUAAAAAAAUCAGUACUGUAGAAGCUACUUUUUUAGUAGACCAAUCUGUUGUGACCAGAGGAUCAUGAAUUCAGUUUCCUCCAAGAGAAAUGUUAUUUAGAUUAUGCACAUUGUGGUAAUAUUUGUAUUUACAGGUGAAUCUCACGAAGAAAUGUUUGGGUCAUAUUUUGCCUGAGAAUAAAAAAAGGAAAAAUAAAUUACAAUUAUUUUAACGACAAUUGAGAAUAUCGCCACCCCAAUUUUUAAAUUAAAAAAUUAAUAAAAAAUCUUGAAAAUUGUUUUUUUGAUGUGUAAAUCUUAAAAAAAAGGAUUAAAUUGGUUUAACUGAAAUGAACAAAUAAUAAUGAGAUAUAUGGUAAAUUAUUUUAGGUUGUGUUGGCACUAUUUUUUAUGCAAACUUAUUUGGGAUUCACCAAUUCUUCUUUCACUCUGUAGCUAAGCCAUAUCAAAGUAUAUUCUCCAAAUUUAAAAUAUUUAAUGAAGUCAGCAGUAUUACAUAGUCAGAGGUCCAGUGAAUCGGAAAAAGGACAGGCUGUUGUUUUUAUUUGUUUAGCUUGUCUUUCUUUGCAUCUGGAUGUUUGCUUUGAUAGCAACUUUCCUCCUGUUCAGUUUUCUUAAGUUUCAGUGACUUGUCAGCAGCAGUGCUCAGACUGGGCUAGUGUAAAACUACAAUGCCUUUUGGAUAUUGAAUGAAGGAGUUUAAGCAGAGUAUGAAAGCACUAUGUUCAGAACAAUAACAUUUCAUUUAUAGAUCCAUUGUUUUAAACGAUCCUGAAAUGCACCCACUGAACUAUUAUGUCAUUUAAAUGUGCCAUGCCCCUUUUGUGUUCAUUUUCUUAAUUUGUCUAUUGUUUUAUUAGUGCUUUUGUCAGUAAGUGGGCAGUGCCUACGUGAUUAGUACUGUAUGUUUAUUUGUAACUGUCUUUCCAGUUAACCUGUUGGGCUAUAAGGGAAAAGAAGACAUUUUAACAGCAAAUUCAUUUUGUUGUUUAAGUAUCAACAAGAAUCCUUGCAUUUAAAGCCAUCAAAAAACUCUGAAUCUCCCAGAAUCCUUGGUCAGUGUUAAAUACAUGAACUACUGACAGGCCAUGGCAUCAUUUUGGUGUGAUUAAUAAAAAAAAUGGCCAGUAAACAUUCUUUGGUUUGUAAUCAGUACUGUCAUUUUACCCUGCACGUUUUAGCAUAGGUCACAUUUAUGUGAAUGGCUUCAUCAAGCCACAUUUUGCAACUUUGGAAGAAACUGGUGUUACAUUCCUAUCUGAUGCAAAACCUUAUAUAUGUAUUAAUGUAGUCAACCUGAAGAAUAAUUUAAAUAAAAAGUGAA